AUGGAUCACACGCAGCUCAAUUAUCAUGUCAUCUGUGCUUCAAUUCUAUCGUUGGUCAUGGCGGAUGCAUCAGUCUCCGUUAAGGUAUUACAGAAUGCGGUGUCGUCAAAGUUUGGUUUUAAGCCUAGCUAUAGGAAGGUUUGGAUGGCCAAGCAAAAGGCCAUUGCUCAGAUAUACAGAGAUUGGGAGGAUUACAACCACAUACCAAGGUGGAUCACGAGGGUUCAGUUGUAUAUGCCGGGCACUAUAGCGGUGUUGCGCACUUCACCAGUGAGGGUAGGUAAUACGGUGGAUGGAACGAAGAUUUUCUUUCAUCGAUUAUUUUGGAUGUUUCCUCCGUGUAUUGAGGCAUUCAAGUAUUGCAUACCACUGAUAUCCAUCAAUGGUACUCAUUUAUAUGGAAAGUAUGAAGGUACUCUGCUAAUGGCUCUUACCCAAGAUGGAAAUUUGAACAUUUUCCUAGUAGCAUUCCGGUUAGUCGAAGGCGAAAACACAGAUUCAUGGAAGUUUUUUCUUAGUCACCUUCGUCAGCAUAUGACUCCCCAGCCCGUCAUUUUAGUCAUCUCUGAUCAGAACAACGCUAUCAAGGCUACCCUGGUUACAGAAGACGGUAGGUGGCUCCUGCCAAUGGCAUACCAUGCAUUCUGUGUAUGA